AACAUCUACAACUCCGUUUCACUCCAAACAACAACGAUGUUAGCCGCUAGAAACUCGUUCAAGUCUGCUGCCGCACGUGCUCCAGCAGCUGCUGUCCGUUUCAACUCUUCUGCUGCUCCUUCCGGUCCCGUUAUCGGCAUUGAUUUGGGUACCACCAACUCUGCUGUAGCCAUCAUGGAAGGUAAGGUUCCAAAGAUCAUUGAGAACGCCGAAGGUGGCAGAACCACUCCUUCCAUCGUUGCCUUCACCAAGGAAGGCGAAAGAUUGGUUGGUAUCCCAGCAAAGCGUCAAGCUGUUGUCAACCCAGAGAACACUUUAUUUGCCACGAAGCGUUUGAUUGGUCGUCGUUUCGAAGACCAGGAAGUGCAAAGAGACUUGAAUCAGGUUCCUUACAAAAUUGUCAAGCACGACAAUGGUGAUGCCUGGAUUGAAGCCCGUGGCGAGAAAUACUCUCCACAACAAAUUGGUGGUUUCAUCUUGAACAAGAUGAAGGAAACCGCUGAAGCAAACCUCGGUAAGCCAGUCAAGAACGCCGUCGUUACCUGUCCUGCUUAUUUCAACGACGCCCAGAGACAAGCUACCAAAGAUGCCGGUAAGAUUGUCGGUUUGAAUGUGAUGAGAGUCGUCAACGAACCUACUGCUGCUGCCUUGGCCUACGGUUUGGAAAAGAACGACGGUCAAGUUGUCGCCGUCUUUGACUUGGGUGGUGGUACUUUCGAUAUCUCGAUCUUGGACAUUGGUGCUGGUGUUUUUGAAGUCAAAUCGACCAACGGUGACACCCACUUGGGUGGUGAAGAUUUCGACAUUGCUGUAGUGAGAAACAUUGUUGACAACUUCAAGAAGGAGUCUGGUAUCGACUUAGAAAAGGACAGAAUGGCUAUCCAGAGAAUCAGAGAAGCCGCCGAAAAGGCCAAGAUCGAAUUGUCUUCGACUGUCUCGACCGAAAUUAACUUGCCUUUCAUCACCGCUGAUGCUUCAGGUCCAAAGCACAUCAACCAGAAGAUCUCCAGAUCCCAAUUCGAGACCUUGGUUGAACCUUUGGUUAAGAAGACUGUUGAUCCAUGUAAGAAGGCCUUGAAGGAUGCCGGUUUGUCCACUUCCGACAUUUCGGAAGUCAUCUUGGUUGGUGGUAUGUCGAGAAUGCCUAAGGUCAUUGAAACCGUGAAGUCUAUCUUUGGUAGAGAGCCAUCUAAGGCUGUCAACCCUGAUGAAGCUGUGGCUAUGGGUGCUGCCAUUCAAGGUGGUAUCUUGGCUGGUGAAGUGACAGAUGUUGUAUUGUUGGAUGUCACCCCAUUGUCAUUGGGUAUUGAGACCAUGGGAGGUGUUUUCGCCAGAUUGAUUUCUAGAAACACCACCAUUCCAGCCAAGAAGUCGCAGAUCUUCUCCACUGCUUCGGCCGGUCAAACUUCGGUCGAAAUUAGAGUUUUCCAGGGUGAAAGAGAAUUGACCAGAGACAACAAGUUGAUUGGUAACUUCACAUUGUCUGGUAUCCCACCUGCUCCAAAGGGUGUUCCACAGAUCGAAGUCACCUUCGACAUUGACACUGAUGGUAUCAUCAAGGUCUCUGCACGUGACAAGGCCUCUAACAAGGACGCCUCCAUUACCGUUGCUGGUUCCUCCGGUUUGUCUGACUCUGAAAUCGAAAAGAUGGUCAACGAUGCCGAGAAGUUUGCCGAAUCCGACAAGGCUAGAAGAGAAGCCAUCGAAUCCGCUAACAGAGCCGACCAAUUGUGUAACGACACCGAAAACUCCUUGAACGAAUUCAAAGACAAGUUGGAAACUGCUGAUGCCGACAAGGUCAGAGAACAGGUUGCCGCUUUGAGAGAAAUUGUCCUCAAAGCUCAAGCCGGUGAAGAAGUUGAUGCCGCUGAAUUGAAGACUAAGACCGAGGAAUUGCAAAACGAGUCCUUGAAGGUCUUUGAAAAGUUGUACAAGAACAACGAUUCCUCUUCAGAAAACUCUUCUGAACCAAAGAACUAAGCAAGUGGGUGGUGACAUGAAAAUUCUUCUAUUAUUAACUUGUAUCAUGAUUCAUGACCCUGACUAAUUAUUUAUUUGUACAUAAUCUAGUUUGGGUUUUUUUCUUGGUGAAUGCACCUACUUCUCUCUUGUAAAUAUGUUUAUAACACUACAUAAUGAACACCUUUAAGAUGUACCUAUUUAUUAUCAUUAAUAGAAAGGAAAUGUAACUAGUCUCCUUGUAGUAAAUCUAGACAAAUCUAUCUUUCAAGUCGUUAGUGAGUUAAGCCUAUAAUUGUGAAGAAGGCUAUUGCUCUAUACCUUCAACUCAGUUAGACUGUGUUGAAUGCCAUGCGAUCGCCUCAUAGGUCCCCUACCAGAAGAUUCUGGUUUCAACGUAUGACGUCUGAUUAUGGUACCGUAGGUUCUGGUGAGUGGUUCGGACAGAUUGCCAUAGGUGCUAGCAGAUCGUUUCGAUAAACUUCUUGAGGCUAUAGAUUCACUAAUAGAAGACAAAGAAUAAACGGAGGAUGAAGCGACCAGCUCUCCUUCAGAUUCAUAUUCGAGCAUUUCACCCAAGAUAGAUCUUCUGUUCAACUGGUUGUGGAAUUCCUCUUCUUCCAUACUAGGAUUAGAAUCCCGACCCUGUGAUGCUAUGAUGGUUGGAGUAUCCGAUCUUUCUUCAGAAGAGCUGCUCAAGUUGGUGUUGGUUUGUGAGACCAUGUCGCUCAAAGAAAUCUCUUUGAAUGAAGCCUCCUCUGAUGCCAAAGGCAAUCUACUUUCUGUUUCGCUGAUUUCUGUUUCUGGUUCUACACCUUCUUCGGCUGCAAAAACGGGUUCGGAAUUAAUAGAUUUGUUUUCAAGAAGGUUUCUGAAGAUAUUGAUUUCUUGACGAAGCAUUAUACGCUUAGAAAGAACGUGAGCCAAAUAUCUUCUCCAAAUUUCGAGUGCAACGGCAUUGUCAUCUACUAUGGCCG